AUGUCACAGGAGGCUCCUAGUUCUUCCGAGGAGGCCCGAGUUGCGGCGCGAUUCGCGGGGAGGCGAUUGGUUGAGGGGUCCGCCGCAGGAGGGAGUUGGCUCUCGUUCUUGGCGACCAGCACGGCGGCUGCACGGGGCCGGUAUGAGGAGGAUCAGAACGAUGAAGACACGGAACAGCUUGCUUCGAACGGGCGCGUCGAAACGGCGAGAGCGGCGAGAACGACGAGAGCGGCGUGUCCUCAAGACAUCGACCUCGACGCGGCGUUUGCGGUGUGCACUGCGCUGGAUAGCCACAGGGACGUGAAGAGUUACAAGGAUUCCAAGGGACACUGUAACGAGAACGGAGCGUAUUCGCGGCAUAAUCAAAACUACGACGUAACCGGCACCGGCAAGUGGUAUAUCGAGGAACAGUACUACGGGUUUUUGUUCAUCCAAGCGGGUUUGGCGUUCAACAAUUCGGACGCAAUUCACCUCGGGAUGAAGAUCUUCGAUUGGGGAUUCGAACAGAUGGAUGUUAACGGAUCUUUCAGCUGCCCGGAUGUGUACCAUAGCGCGGGUUUUUUCUUGGAGUCAGCUGCCCGAGCCGCCUUGCUUCUGCGGCACUCGCGACUCGGUAACCAGCCGAAGUACAGACGGUGGAUUCGCAACGCUGCUUCGGAUAUCGCAGCGAUGGCGGCGUGGUUCGUGCGACCUGAUAUCGAGCGCAUCGGGUGGAGAAACGACGCGGUUCACACGCACAGGCGGUACUUAACAGGCACAGCUCUCGGCAUGGCUGGGCUACUAACGGGGAACCAAUCCCUCAUCGAGCAAUCGACAAAAUACAUCCGAAGCGGCCUCGCGAUGCAGGAUCCGACGGGCUUUAACUUCGAAAGGCGAGGCUACGACUGCAGCUAUCAAGGCAUAGGGUUGGUCUACACGGCUCGGUACUAUCUCUACGUCGCGCCGCAUAUUCAAGACGUGUCCGAGUCAGAGGAGAUUAGGUCGCGUCUGCUGGAGGUCGGGCGGCGCGGCGUGGAUUGGCUGGUGACGCGGGUGGAUGAGCGCGGGGUGCUGAACGCGACGGGCAACACGCGCACGGGGAGCGCGCAGGAGCUUGGGCGGAACGGCAAGCCCAAGGCGUUGGCGCGCAAGGACGUGUUCCACGCGCUGCUGUACUGGAGCUGGGUGCUCGGCGAUCCCGAGGUGGAGCUCGUCGCGUGGCGCGUUGAGUGGGAGAGAACCAGGCGGUUGCGCGACAGCAGGUGCGAUUGCCGCAGUGGGUUCGAUUGGAAGCAGGAAAACGUGGAAAUUCUAUACAAGGUACAGUAA